AUGCCUCUCGGAAGCACCCGAGUGCCUGGCCCACCUCGCGGUCGGCUGCCCAUUUGCCCGGCGUCUCUGGUCUGCUCUGUCCCCGACCCCCCACCCAGUCUUUGUGGACUUUGUAUGUCCGGUCGUGUCUCGCUCGGAACGUCGCCUUGUCGAACUACGAAUCCUCUUCUUUCACUCGAUCUGGAAGCUCUGUCGCCGUCGCCGAUUCUCGUCGGAUCUUUUGGAACCGAUCACCGAAACGGACUUCGAGGGGCUUCGAGCCUCUAUUCAGGAGUCCAAGGGUUGCCUAGUGUCUCUGUAAGCCACCAAAGGGGGUUUUAGUGGGUAUGGUUGAUCCUGGUUCAGGGUCAAUGAGUCCUACACUACUGGCUUCUGCCAGUGUGCGUAACAGCAUUCCCUCCGACUUUUCCGAAGAUUUCUAGGUAUUAUUAUAAUCAUGCUGUUAAUGAAGUCUAUCAAAUAAAUUUAAAAAGAGGUGCACCGUGCCAGGGUGGGCGAGGAGGGGGCACCAAUGGUAUACCAUCCCUCUACCAAGCUUUCCCCAGGCCAAAAGAAAAGCUGCCUUAUGGCGCGUGCGCGCACGAGUUCUUUUGGCUGGCUUACUGGACCUGCCGAUCUGCGCUCGGCGCGCUCGGCGCGCCCGUUGGUCGCCUUUGGCAACCGGCCAAGGGCUAACACUGGGCGGGGCUACACCGAGUCCCGACUGCCGUUUCACAGACCGCUGCCACCAGUCACGAAUCGCUUGGACCGUGACGACUCUACUGCAGUGGGGCAGAACAACAUGAACCGUUUGCGCACUCGCGUGACCUUUGGCGACUUGCUAUCUUUCAAGUUUUCGCAACGAUGCUGCUGCGAGCACACACCAAUGAGGUCGAAUUCACGCUCCCCAAGCCCCGUCGAUCUCGUCUCGCCGCCCCCUUCGAACCCCGUCCUACGGCGCUUGCCUGGCGAGUUCUUAACCCGUUAUCCAUUAACGUCUGCUUUCCGCGAUUCCUCGCUCCUUGACCGAGUAGAGCGGGGUCUCAAGCGGGGCAUGGUGCGAACUCACACCAAACGUCAACAGCGACUACCCUAUUACCCAGCGUCGGGCUGGGCGCCAGAAUCAACCACGACACGUUCGACCGCAGCGAACUUAAGAGCAUGAUGAAGAAUUGCAUUGAAGACACCGUCUCUGCAUUGGCGGGGCAGGAAAUGCGGUUCGAUUUCGAGCAAGCACCCGCGUACCUCGGUCACCCUCCGGGGAGCACGAUCAUCGACUUGCUGCGGACGUCCGAUCAGAAGAGGAUGAACAGAUUCGUUUUCGAGACACACAUGGAGGCAAGCAACUACAACCCUUUGCGUCCUAAAUGGCUUCCGCCGCCGCCCCUUUGGAUCGACUUUGGCCCGUCAGAAUACCUUGACAUGCGCAUGCUCACAAACGACGGGAGGCUGGCGGUCAGAUUGAAAGACGACGCAGGCAUAGCGAAAGCAAGUCAUCAUAUCGUCCCGGGCGAUCACUGCUUCUGUGCUGUCUCCAUAUUUCGGCGUGCCCGCUGACCACUCUGUUGCACCGUUGUCAGCUUGCUUUUCGAAUCUUGCAGAACGGCUGCCGUUUCGGAAUCUUCUAUUCGGCGCCAUAUUUUGUGCUCGCCGAGCUUGGUGAGUCGAGGCGCGACCGGCUGGGCUCAUUGCAAGUUUCAAGCGAGGUCUGACAACUCUCGGGGUUCACUCUGCCCUCAGUGAUUGAGGAUGGGCGAUCACAUCUGUUGAUCAGUCCGCCGUAUUCCUCGGCGUUGCCCUCGGCUGACAACGGCCUGAUGCCCUUCGAGCCUCAGGGCUUCCUCGCUGUUCUGCUUUCCCUCUCCAUGACCUGUCACCCUUACUACACGAUCGAAGGGCCUUCUAUGGCUACGAGGCGCUCGUUGCGUGCCGCGGCAGCUGAGCUCGAAGAGGGCUCGGAGGAAACUCCUGCUUCGCCUCAGCCGCGUCUGGCAGUCACUGAGCUUGCUACGCCAACCCUCUUUGUCGAAGAUGACUACGACGAGGGGACCACAGUGUCGGUGCGGCAUCUGACCGAUCAGAAAGUGAGCCGGGUCGCAGCGCAAAUUCUUUUCCCGCAUGCUAAUACCCUCUUGUGACUAUGCUUGCCUAAGAUCAUCUGCGAUGCUGAAUCAAGGCAAGAUUCAGAUAUGCUCGCGAUCGGCGUUGAGCUCGACUGCUCAGAGGUGAAUCACAUCGCUCAUCGUGCGGUGGACGUUUGGCGAGGAUCUUGCUGAGCACGCCUCAUGUGCUCCGUUGUCGCAGUACUUUCCCAGCGGCCUCAGAAACGAACCCUCUCGGCAGUUGGUGCCAUGGGCCGAUCCCGCUUCAUUGGCCACUUCCGUCACAAGCGGUCUUCCCCGCCUCGACCUCAUCACCCGGAUCGGCGGUGGACGAACUGCAACUGUUUGGUCUGCGCGCUGGAGCAAAACUGGCAAACGGACAACUUUGGCUCGCUCGUCGUCCGGAAUCCCUAUUACUCGAAGAGGGCCAAAGACUCGAAUCGUUGCCAAAGUCGUCUCGGCAAUGUAUGCGGCGUCGAUUGCUCGCGAGUACUUUAUUCACACGUGCAUCGUCCCUCACCUUUCGCCGGCUGCGCGUGCGUUCAUCCCCAAGUUCUACGGCCUCUAACGUAGUGGAUCCGAUGGUUAUGCGUAUGUGUUUGUACUCGAGGACGUGGGGAAGGAGAUCUCGGAGACAGAAUGGGCAUUGGAUGCUGAGCUUCGUGACAGGGCGGAGUACGUGUGAAUCAGGCUGGAAGGCCGAGCCUGUGAGGGAAUGGCUGAACAUGAUCACUGACAUUAUGCCACUGUUGCUGUGCAGAGCGGCUUCCCAGCUGAUUGCCGACGAGGGCCUUAUUCAUGACGACGUGUACUCGCGCAACGUCGUUCGUCGGGGCGACGGCCAGGUCUUUCUCGUGGAUUGGGGUGAAUCCCAGUAUGAGAACUUCGCCCCCCGACGAAGCAGAUUGCGGCAAUGA